AUGUCUGGAAAAGGAAAAGGAGGCCGCGGCGAAAAGAAAUCGACCACUUCGUCUGCCAAGGCAGGUUUGCAAUUCCCCGUCGGUCGUAUCGGACGUUAUUUGAGACAGGGCAAAUACGCCACUCGUAUGGGAGCUGGUGCACCCGUCUACCUUGCUGCCGUCUUGGAAUAUCUGUGUGCCGAGAUUUUGGAACUUGCUGGAAACGCCGCUCGUGACAACAAGAAGUCCCGUAUUGUGCCCCGCCACAUUACUCUAGCCGUCAAGAAUGACGAAGAAUUGAACAAGCUUUUGGGAGGAGUCACGAUUGCUUCGGGAGGUGUUCUUCCCAACAUUCACGCUGUCCUUCUUCCCAAGAAAUCUUCAAAGUAG